AUGUCGUUCCGCGAGCUGCGCAACCUGACGGAGAUGAUGCGGGCGCUGGGCUACCCUCGCCCCAUUUCGAUGGAAAACUUCCGCACGCCGAACUUCGAGCUGGUGUCGGAUCUGCUCUACUGGAUGGUCAAGAAGUACGAUCCGAGCUCGAGCAUCGCAGAGGAGAUCGACACGGAGGACGACCGCGUGGAGUUCCUCACGCAGGUGGCAACGGAAGUGCUGGCCAAGGCUCGCAUCCGACUCAACCCGAAGAGGCUGUACGCAGCCGACGGGUUUGCUGUCAAGGAGCUGAUCAAGCUGGCGCGGGUGCUGUACGAGGCUUCGCGGAUCGAUCUGGCCACGCAACAGGAGCCUGACGAUGAUGACGACGAUGUCUCGGUGAAGUCGCUGCUGGGCUCGCGUGUGAAAGACCCGAAAGCGACGCGGCAGCUUGCCUCGGACAUCACGCAGUCGGGCGCCAAGCUGUACGAUCUACUGGAGACGGAGCUUGAUGUCCGUGACGCACGACAACAGGCGAUUCGCUUCUUGGACGCGCUGUCCACCAACCACGAGAACUCGAGCGAGCAGAAGUUCCUCGAGCGCAGUAUCCAGGAAAUCUUGGUCAACCUCCAAGAUAACGUCGAGCUGACGGAGCACCAGGUGGUGGAGCUGGACGCUGAGGAGAAGGCGCUAGCAGCGAAGAUCAAGAAGGCGCAGACCGACCUCGAGCGCAGCGAGAAGCGGCUCAAGAGCUUGCAGCACGUGCGCCCAGCGUUCAUGGACGAGUACGAAAAGCUGGAGAAGGAGCUGGAGCGGCAGUACGCCAUCUACUGCGAGCGCUUCCGUAACCUUGACUACCUGCAGCGUGAGCUGGAUCUACACAACAGCCGAGAAAUGAAGAAACUCGCCGAGAACGACAGGUCGCUCAAGAAGCUGCAGAAGAAGUUCCGGGACGACGAGCUCGCCAUUCUGCGUGGCGAGCAGGAAGACCAAAUCGAGAACUCGAUGCUGGAUGCAAUGGAGUCGAACAACAACAACAGGCAUAGCGGCGGCGGAGGCAAAGCACGGCAAUCGAACGUUUCCAACCAGAAGAGCCGAGCUGGCGCGAGCAAGAAGAAAGCGGGAUCCGACGAGGACAGCAGCUCCGAUGGGAUUAGCGGCAGUGGCAGCAGCGAUGAGGACGACUCCAGCGACGAGAGCGCGACUGGCGCCGUGUCUCCUGGUGGCGCAGGCAAUGGUACUGCCGCGGACGGCUCGGACUCCGACCAGGUGUCACUUGCAGAUUCUGGUGAGCUCAUUGACAACGACGAUGACUCGGGCUCGGAGGCUGGCUCAGGAUCGGGCUCUGGUUCAGGCUCGGGAGGCUCGGGCUCCGAGACAAACUCGGACUCGGACCAAGACUUCUAAGCGACUAUGGUACCGUAGCGAUAAGAGAGAAGACAAUGGAUUCCGUGUCAGCAUUUUGCUGUCGUGUGUUGUUCUGAACGACUCGUUCAAUCCGGC